AUGAUUGUGCGCGGCGUAUCGCGGUGCUCUUCGAAGCUCAAGGUUCCCUUUGCCCAAACGAACGUCAGCCGGACCCGACCGCAAUGUCGACGAUUCGCGAUGCCCGCCGCCGGUGCACCAACGGCCUCGAGUUCCGGUAGCGCAGCUGGUAUGCUCGCGCCGUUUGCAAGCGAGUUGGAUAAGAUUGCGCCAUCCUUUAGCAUUAAUGGCUCUCAGAUCAGAAUCAUAAAGACACCAGCCGAUUUCUACGAAACGCUAAAGGACCGGAUACGCAACGCGAAGGAAAGAAUCUUCUUGUCAACUUUGUAUAUCGGAAAGACGGAGAAAGAGCUGAUCGCUACGUUGCACGAAGCCCUGCGAAACAACCCCGAGCUUAAAUUGAGCAUCCUCACGGAUGCGCUGCGAGGUACCAGAGAAGAGCCAAACCCGUCCUGCGCUUCUCUCCUUGCGCCUCUGGUAUCGGAGUUCGGCCCAGAUAGAGUUGAGAUCCGGAUGUACCACACACCUAACUUGACCGGAGUGAGGAAGAAGUACAUCCCCAAGCGCAUUAAUGAAGGAUGGGGCCUGCAGCACAUGAAGCUAUAUGGCAUUGACGAUGAGAUUAUUCUCUCUGGGUAUGACUUGGACCCUCAAAUGCGGAUUAACGCUAACGGGCGUAUAGAGCAAAUCUGUCCAAUGAUUAUUUUACAAACCGCCAGGAUCGCUACCAUAUCUUUUCCUCAAAGGAGGUCACCGAGUACUUUUGGAACAUCUACCGAGGGGUCUCUUCCUUCAGCUUUCUCGUAG